GUCAUACAAUAUCCACAACCUGAAUCCAAGAUGGAACCCCUCCAGUUGUUGCCUCCUAAAUGCCUGCUGGCUAAUUCAAUCACGAAGCUUCACAAUUUAACAAAACUCAAACUGAACGUCAAUUGGUGGUUUCUCACAUAUUUCCUAGAGAAGGCUCAUAAACUUAAAGUCCUUAUUAUCCCUAGG